GUGUGUACCUACGCCACACACUUUAGCCUUACAUAACGGUCACCCGGGUUCUCGAGUUUGUUUAACUUGCUCUCGACCUGCUACGCCAAGCAGGUUUCAAAUUUCCAUAACCAAUCCCUCCAACAGUCAGUUCCUUUCACCCCGGUCCUCGGGAUCUCGUUGCCCAAGAUGGCGGCCAAUAUGCGAGGUUUGACUCAAUUCAUCGCCGACAUCCGCGGCGCCAGAGUGCGUGAGCUGGAGGAGAAACGAAUUAACAAGGAGAUGGCCAACAUACGAAAGAAGUUCAAAGACGGCAACCUCGAUGGGUAUCAAAAGAAGAAAUAUGUCGCGAAGAUCAUCUUCACAUAUAUCCUGGGGUACAAGGUCGAUAUUGGCCACCUGGAAGCCGUCAAUCUCAUUUCAAGCUCGAAAUACAGUGAAAAGCAGAUCGUAUGUUUGUCGUUCACUGGAGACGGUAACAGCUUAGCUCUCGUACAGGGCUAUUUGGCCGUCACUCUGUUGAUGCACGAGAAUUCGGACUUCCUUCGAUUAGUAGUAAAUUCGAUCCGAAAGGACCUCGACGAGAACAAUGAGGUUCAUAACUGUCUUGCGCUGCAUGCGAUAGCAAAUGUGGGAAGUAGCGAGAUGGCGGAGGCUCUCGCUGAAGACGUACAUAGGCUCUUAAUUUCGCCAACUUCCAUGACGUUCGUAAAGAAAAAGGCGGCAUUGACACUGCUGCGCCUUUACAGGAAACGCCCCGAGGUAAUUCCUGCCGUGGAAUGGGCUUUGCGCUUGGUGUCUUUAAUGGACGAUCAGGACCUGGGCGUGGUGCUGUGUGUGACCAGUUUAAUAACGGCCCUUGCUCAAGAUCAUCCGGAUGCCUUUGCCGUCUGCUACACCAAGGCUGUCGACCGAUUGCAUCGGAUCGGGAUAGAGCACGAGUACUCAGGGAUAUAUACCUAUUACAAGGUCCCGGCACCGUGGUUACAGGUAAAGCUUUUACGGCUCCUUCAGUACUACCCACCAACAGAGGACAUGACGCUCAAGAAUGUUCUCAAUGAGACACUCCAGACUAUCAUGACUAGCAGCGCGGAGCCCUCGAGGAACGUCCAACACAAUAAUGCUCAGAAUGCUGUGCUAUUCGAAGCAAUCAGUCUUGCCAUCCACCUAGAUACCAGGUCCCCCCUGGUUGAUACGGCUGCUGUCCUUCUGGCUCGUUUCAUCUCUUCUAAAGAAACCAACGUCCGCUACCUUGGCUUAGACACUAUGGCUCACCUUGCCGCACGAUCUGAGACCCUCGAUCCCCUGAAGAAACACCAGGGGACUAUUAUUCUUUCACUCCGUGACAAAGACAUUUCUGUCCGGAGACGUGCGCUUGACUUGCUGUACAGUAUGUGCGAUGUCGACAAUUCAGAACUCAUUGUCGGCGAAUUGCUACGUUACCUGAAAGUGGCCGAUUACGUUCUACGAGAAGAGAUGGUGCUUAAAAUUGCCAUUCUCACCGAGAAAUACGCAAGCUCGUACAAGUGGUACGUUGACACUAUACUGCAACUUAUCAGCGCCGCUGGCGACCAUGUGGGGGAGGAAGUUUGGUAUCGAGUGGUGCAGAUCGUCACAAAUACGGAGGAUUUGCAAGCAUAUGCGGCUAGAGUCGUAUUCGAAUACUUAAAGACGCCAUCCGUACACGAAAGUUUGGUGAAAGUUGGAGGGUACAUCUUGGGGGAGUAUGGGCACCUUAUUGCAAAUGAGCCAGGUUACAGCCCCAUCGAGCAAUUCCAGGUGCUCCAUUCAAAAUCCCAAUUUUGUGUCGCACCUACUCGUUCCAUCCUACUAUCGACCUACAUCAAAUGGGUCAACGUCUUCCCGGAAAUAAAGCCACAGCUCAUUAAUAUUUUCGAGCGCUAUCGGCACGUACUGGAUGCCGAGCUCCAACAACGCGCAUGCGAAUACUACGCCUUGGCUUGUCUACCGGAUGAUAACGAAAUGUUGCAGAACGUUUGCGAGGAGAUGCCUCCAUUCCCGCCGAGGGUGAGCGGGCUUACGAGCAGGCUCAAUCGGAAAAUGACGGAUACGGAAGACAAACGGACAUGGAUACAUGGGGGGAGAGAGAUAAACCUCGAACAACAACAAAUGACUACUUUGGUGCGCCCUAAGCAAGCGGAAUUGCCUGUAAAUGAUUCUGCUACCGCCUCCGGGACUGCAGACUCGGCCGUAUUAAACGCCCUUGCUGGCCUGGAUUUGACCGUGCCCAGUGAGGCAGGGGAGUCUGCCCCUGCGCCGCGGCUGACCGUUGGCCCAUCGAUCGACAAGUGGUAUCAGAAGCUCACGUACAGCGCAGAAGGCGUUCUCUACGAGGACGUUCAGAUCCAAAUCGGGAUCAAAUCAAGGUUUCAGGGUUACCUGGGACAGUUGGCAAUUUACUUUGGAAACAAGGUCUCCGCGCCGCUCACUUCGUUUACGUCCACCAUUUACGUGAGCGAUUCUGCGGCACUUUCUGCGACUUUCGCAAAGAUACCUGCGAAUGUCCUUGCUCCCCGCACCCAGAGUCAACAACUUCUGCAAGUAGAAUGCAAGAAAGUUUUCACUUGCCCUCCCAUUCUUACGGUAUCAUUUCUAGCUGGUGCCUACCAGUCUAUCUCGAUACGGUUACCAGUCAUUGUUACUAAAUUCUCUGAAGGCGUAAAAUUCGGGCAGGCUGACUUUUUCGAAAGGUGGAAGCUUAUAGGAGGUUUCCCCCGAGAAGCACAGGUCGUUUUCCCUAUUUCCCUGGAUGCUGCCGGUCAUAUAGACCUUCCACACAACCGUCGGAUUGUUUCAGGGAACCACUUCGAGAUACUGGAUGGGAUUGAUCCUAAUCCUAGCAACAUUGUCGGUGCUGCUGUUCUGCACACCUCGGUCGAAGGAAAGGUUGGCUGUUUACUGCGUUUGGAACCAAACCGUGAAGCUAAGUUAUGUCGGCUAACUGUCCGGAGUACCUCUGAGGAAGUGGCUACUGCAGUGCAGAGACUGGUAGAAACUGCCCUUAGGAUGGAAUAAAGACGAGGUCGUUGAUCAGGUCUUGAUGUCAUUCCCUCAUCUAGUUCCUCCAUGUCACAGGUGCAUAUUUACACAGUUAUACCCAUUUCUUUUUUUCUGCAGUGAUACUUUAUAUGAGGCUGUGGUAGUAAUCCAGGUGGAAUGACUAUGUAAUCCAGUUUCGAAAUGCUUUCCAGGCUUACCAAUUUU